AUGGCCGGAUUUGGGGCUGACGGGACUCGGGAUGUCUUCUCCCAGCCCGAACCGUACUCCCCUGACGAGGGAUUUGAUUUCUACUCCGACGACGCGGCCCGGAUGCCGGUCUCUCGUCUGGGCAUGGAAGGUCUCGCCCUCAACUCGCAGCCGGAAGGGUGGCCGUACCGGGUGAGGUACCAAAGCCUGGUGCAGUCUGACGGCGGGAUCGGAAGCGACGGCCACAAGAGGCCCGUUCGUUCCCCUCCACCGCCCCGUGGCACAGGAGGCCCGAUCUGCACAGUUGGCCUUCGCAAACCACGCGGUCCAGGUCUGUCAUCCAGCCGCGGCCGAGGUGGUGGGUUGGCACCUGCCUCGGUUGCUCCCGGUGAUCCUUCUGGUCCUCGGUACGGGGCCAGCGACGGGACCGAGCUGGAGGAUGCAGAGGACGUGCAGGAGAUCGUUCAGGAAUUGGAUGCUCAGUUGGACUCAAGUGACGAAGAGCUGCUGAACUUGUUACAGGAGGACGCUGAGCAUGAGAAGCAAGUGAUGGAGACGAUCUUCUUUUUUGGGGCAAUUGAUGGAACUCAUGUGGAAGUUGUAGUGCCAAAUGAUAAAAAGGUUCAAUAUCUUUGUCGAAAGGGGCACACAACACAAAAUGUGCUUGCAGUUGUAGACUUUGACAUGAGAUUCAUAUUUGUGCUUGCUGGA